GCGGCGGCGGCGGCGGCGGGCUCGGCUUCGGUUUCGGCUUCGCGGCGGUGCCGGCGGCGGCGGCGCAGGCUCCUCCUCAGGAGCUGGCGAGCCUGGGCUUGAGCGGCGGCCCGGCGAGGCCCUUGCACAGCGCCCCGCUUCGGGGCCCUCCCCGCCUCGCCCUGCCCCGGGAGCCUGCCUCCCCGGCCGGGGAUGAAGCCGGGAGACGGCCGCGCGGGGCCCAGCACAAAGCCUCGUCCCCAGGGGCCGCCGCGGUCGCCGCCGGCCUAGAGCCUCCCGCAGAAGCCGAGCCGGCGCCGGGGCCCCCAUUCCCGCCGGUCCCCAGGGGCGGCUGCUGCCCGCUGCUGCGGGGCCCAGGGGCCGGGACUCCGAGCCCUUGGCUCCCGCCGCCGCCGCCGGGGGACCGUGCAGCCGCGCAGCCUCGGCCGCUGUUGACUGUGGGGGCCCCACGGAGCAUGUCGGAGCAGAGCGACAUGGAGAAAGCCAUUAAGGAAACCUCCAUUUUAGAAGAAUACAAUAUCAACUGGACUCAGAAGCUGGGAGCCGGGAUUAGUGGUCCAGUCAGAGUCUGUGUAAAGAAAGCUACCCAAGAACGGUUUGCACUGAAAAUUCUUCUUGAUCGUCCAAAAGCUAGAAAUGAGGUACGCCUGCACAUGAUGUGUGCCACACACCCCAAUAUAGUCCAGAUUAUUGAAGUAUUUGCUAACAGUGUGCAGUUUCCUCAUGAGUCCAGUCCCAGGGCUCGACUCUUAAUUGUAAUGGAGAUGAUGGAAGGGGGAGAGCUAUUUCACAGAAUCAGCCAGCACCGGCACUUUACUGAGAAGCAAGCCAGCCAAGUAACAAAGCAGGCAACUCUGGCACUACAGCACUGUCACUCGUUAAACAUCGCACACAGAGACCUCAAGCCUGAAAAUCUUCUUUUCAAGGACAAUUCUUUGGAUGCCCCAGUGAAGCUGUGUGACUUUGGAUUUGCUAAAAUUGACCAAGGUGACUUGAUGACACCCCAGUUCACUCCUUAUUAUGUAGCACCUCAGGUACUGGAGGCACAGAGACGGCAUCAGAAGGAGAAGUCUGGGAUCAUUCCUACCUCGCCGACACCCUACACUUACAACAAGAGCUGUGACUUGUGGUCCCUGGGGGUGAUUAUCUAUGUGAUGCUGUGUGGAUACCCGCCUUUUUACUCCAAACACCACAGCCGGACCAUCCCAAAGGACAUGCGGAGGAAGAUCAUGACAGGCAGUUUUGAGUUUCCAGAGGAAGAGUGGAGCCAGAUCUCAGAGAUGGCCAAAGAUGUUGUGAGAAAGCUCCUAAAGGUCAAGCCAGAGGAAAGACUCACCAUUGAGGGAGUUCUGGACCACCCUUGGCUCAACUCCACGGAAGCCCUGGACAAUGUGCUACCUUCUGCUCAACUGAUGAUGGAUAAGGCAGUGGUUGCGGGAAUCCAGCAGGCUCAUGCAGAGCAGCUGGCCAACAUGAGAAUCCAGGACCUCAAAGUCAGCCUCAAACCCCUGCACUCAGUGAACAACCCCAUUCUUAGGAAGAGGAAGUUACUUGGCACCAAGCCAAAGGACGGUGUUUAUAUCCACGACCAUGAGAAUGGAGCUGAAGAUUCAAAUGUUGCCUUGGAAAAGCUCCGAGAUGUGAUUGCUCAGUGUAUUCUCCCACAGGCUGGUAAAGGAGAGAAUGAAGAUGAGAAGCUGAAUGAAGUCAUGCAGGAGGCUUGGAAGUAUAACCGUGAAUGCAAACUCCUAAGAGACAGUCUGCAGAGCUUCAGCUGGAAUGGUCGUGGAUUCACAGAUAAAGUUGAUCGACUGAAAUUGGCAGAAAUUGUGAAGCAGGUGAUAGAAGAGCAAACUACUUCCCAUGAAUCCCAAUAAUGACAGCUUCAAACUUUGUUUUUUAACAUUUUGAAAAUUAUUCUUUAAUGUAUAAUGUAAUUUUUAAUGUAAAUUAAUAAAUCAUUAUUUCAUUUCCA